AUGGCCUCGGGGUCCCCUGGGGAGCGGCUCUGCGAGGAGGCCCGGUGCCCAGUGUGCCUGGAUUUCCUGCAGAAUCCCGUCAGUGUGGACUGUGGCCACAGUUUCUGCCUCAGAUGCAUCUCCGAGUUCUGCGAGAAGUCCGACAGCGCACAGGGCGGCAUCUAUGCCUGUCCGCAGUGUCGGGGUCCCUUCAGGCUGGAAAGCUUCCGGCCCAACAGGCAGCUGGCCAGCCUGGUGGACAGUGUGCGGCAGCUGGGGCUGGGCGUGGAGCCUUCGGGGGCACGCUUGUGUGUGAGGCAUGGCGAGGAGCUGACCCGUUUCUGCGAGGAGGACCAGGAAGUGCUGUGCUGGGUCUGUGACACCACUCCAGAGCACAGGAGCCACCACACAACAUUGCUGCAGGAGGCCGCCAGGUGCUACCAGAUAAAGCUCCAGGUGGCACAGGAGCUUGUGAGGAAAGAGCUGGAGGAAGCCUCAACUCAGGAGGCCAAUGUGGGGAAGAAAACUGUUAUUUGGAAGGAAAAAGUGGAAAUGCAGAGGCAACGCUUCAGGUCGGAGUUUGAAAAGUAUCGUGGCUUCCUGGCCCUGGAGGAGCAACUGCAGCUUAGAAGACUGGAGGAGGAGGAGCGAGCCACGCUGCAGAAGCUGCGGGAAAGCAAGAACCGGCUGGUUCAGCAGAGCAGGGCUCUGAAGGAACUGGCAGAGGAGUUGGAGGAGAGGUGCCAGCGACCAGCCCUGGGUCUGCUGGAGGGUGUGGGAGGAGCCUUGAGCCGGUUUUGUGCUCUUCUCAGAAGUAAGAAUGUCACACGCCUGGAACCCGAGUCCAUCGCUAUGGAGCUGAAGACAAUGUGUCGCAUCCCUGGCAUGAGGGAAAUGUUGAGGAAGUUCCAAGUUGACAUAAAAUUGGAUCCUGCCACCGCACAUCCUAGCCUCCUCUUGACUGCUGACCUGCGCAGUGUGCAGGAUGGAGAACUGUGGAGGGAUGUCCCCAACAACCCUGAGCGAUUUGACACAUGGCCCUGUAUCCUGGGUUUGCAGAACUUCUCAUCAGGGAGGCAUUACUGGGAAGUCAUGGUGGGAGAAAGAGCGGAAUGGGGCUUAGGUGUCUGUCAAGACACAGUGUCAAGAAAGGGGGAAAUCACACCAUCUCCUGAGAAUGGGGUCUGGGCCUUGUGGCUGCUGAAGGGAAGUGAGUACAUGGUCCUUGCCUCUCCAUCAGUUCCUCUCCUCCACCUGGAACGGCCUCGCUGCAUUGGGAUUUUCUUGGACUAUGAAGCAGGGGAAAUCUCCUUUUACAACAUCACAAGUGGGUCUUUUAUCUACACGUUCAACCACCUGUUCUCUGGAUUUCUUCGACCUUAUUUUUUCAUCUGUGACACAACGCCUCUUAUCUUACCACCUAUGACAGAAGUGGAGUUAGAAAAUUGGGCAUCCAGGGGUCAUUUUGACUCUGCCUCUGAUAUCAGAGAUGAUUCUUCCUAA